CCUUGUCAAGUUUUGGUCAAAAAAGUGGUUGCUGAUUCCUCACCAUGUCCUCCAGCUCAGCCACCCACCUUAUCAUCUUCUUACUCUGCCUCCUCGUCGCCGCCGUCUCCGCCACCGACCACAUCGUCGGAGCCAACAAGGGAUGGAACCCGGGCGUUAACUACACUCUCUGGGCCAACAACCACACCUUCUACGUCGGGGAUCUCAUCUCGUUUAGGUACCAGAAGACACAGUAUAAUGUAUUCGAAGUGAAUCAGACUGGUUACGAUAACUGUACUACCGAAGGAGCAGUGGGGAACUGGAGCAGUGGAAAAGACUUCAUUCCCCUCAACAAGGCCAGGAGAUACUACUUCAUUUGUGGCAAUGGUGGGUGCUUCAGUGGAAUGAAGGUCUUAGUUGUUGUUCAUCCUCUUCCGUCUCCGUCUAACGCCGCCGUCGCUGCUGAUCAUUCGUCGACGAAGUCCGCCGCCGCAUCGGUGGUUGGUGGGGCUGCGAUGGUGAUGCCUCUGUUGGUAAUGGCUUCGAUCUGGUUUGGAUCUGGGUGGAUCUAGUUUGGUACUCUUGCUUGUUUAUGGUUCUGCUAAUGACGGUUAAAUUCAGUUAAGUGUGUAUUAGUGUUUCGAUAAACUGUUUUAAUUGAAUUAUCAAUUUUUUUAGUAUUUUC